CUGUCUGACCGCAGCGUCUCCUCGCGCUCAGGCAGGAGCGGCAGCCUGUGUUUUGCUCCUGGUCCCGCUGUGGGUGUGUGUAGGUGUGUGUGUGGGUGUGUGUGUGCGUGAGAGAGAAAGAGAGUCAGCAGCCAUCCAUGCUCUCUUCCUGAUGUCACAGUUUAACUCCGCUGCUUGAAACACCUCUUGCGGCUAUGGGAGCCUUUGGACUGAUCACGAGGAUCUUACAGUACGCGGGACUUUACGUUCAACUUAACGCGGGUCUGCGUGACGGAUAUGGAAAGGUGGAUAAUCGCGUCUCAGGAAACGCUCUGUUUACGGAGGUUCCUCAUGACGUUACGACACAGAUCGGUGAAGACGUGGAGAUGGCUUGCUCCUUCCACGGGGCAGGCUCGCCCUCAUUCUCCCUGGAGAUCCAGUGGUGGUACAUCAGGAACCACAAAGACUCACAAGAGUCGGCCUCACAAAUCUCCAACACAGUUGGGACUCUCGAGGAAAUGCCGAAAGAUGCCACCAAAAUCAGUGUGGUAAAAGUGGCCGGCAGCAACAUCUCCCACAAACUCCGUCUCUCUGGUGUGAAACCAGCAGACGAGGGCACCUACCAGUGCCACGUCAUCGACCACAGCGGCCCCGUAGAGCAGUGCUACCGUGUCCAGGCCUACCUCCGAGUGGAGCCAGACAGGCUUCAGGAGUCUGAUGACGCUCAGCUUCAGGAACUCAAACAUUCCUCAAGGGGGAAUCGCUUGCAGCAGAACAACGAGCGGGAACUGAGGAAGAGAUCAGCUCACGCUGUUCCUGACUGCAGGGGGCGCUGUGUCCUUUAGAGUGGGAAUUGUGUCCGUCUUCGUGUUCUUGGGUUUCCUCUGUUAAAACCACCAGUGUGUGUUGGUUGCCACACUAGUGGCUCUUUAUUUCUUGAAGGAUAGUCUGUGCUUAAUGAUUUGACUUUUUGCUUUAUCUUGUUGCUUGGAAGCCAGUGUUGAUGUUAUUUAAAGAGUUUUGUGCACCAGUACAUUUUUUUGUUCUUAUUGUUCUUUUGUUAUUUCUAUGUGCUUUUUGCUUUAAAAUUAUGUGAACACUAACUGCAAGAAAUGAAUAAAGUUAACUUUUUUCUGUUAUUUUAUGAUUAAAAAAAUAGCAAUGGAGAAAUUAUUAAUGCAGUUGCAGGAAAUAGAGUUGGAACCAGACAUUACAAACCUUCUACAGAAAGACACAUAACCACUUAUUUCUGAUAGUCGGACGUUAAAUCAGAAUAAAUCUUUCUGAUUUUAGGUCAGUUUAUUCGCUAACUUCUUCAAAAGGAGGACAAGGAUAUUUCACUGAUUCUUUUCAAAGUGUUUUUUUCCUUUUCAAACUAUGUGACUUUAGUGUAAUGUUGUUAGGUUAUGUAAUGACCAGAUUUGAUUUUUAACAAUUAUUCUAGUUGAUUUCUUUUGAUUUUAUUUUGUGGUGACGCUUUAAAACCCCUCAACUGUCAUGUUGAUGCCUGUUGAUACUCUGACUAACAUGUAAGCGUUUUGAGAGUUCCUCAAAUCUUGCAUUUUUUGAUAAUUAGAAGUUUGCCAAAAGCUGCAAUACGAUCACCUGGGUUGAUUGUUUAAAUGUGUAGUGAAUUUAGCGUAUGCAAACUUCUGACUGUAGAGAAGAUUUAAAAAAAAAAAUCUCAUUAUUCUCACAUUUAGCAAACAGGAAUAGGUUUUGUAGUCCUAACUGACUAGACUAUAUAGUCUGAUUUAAUGUCAGUGAAAGAAAAUGGUUGUGCCUUUUUAUAUAGUGGAUGUGUAAAUGCCUGAUUCAAAUAAUUAUUUUUGAGUUUUUACUUUUAACUUUGGUUGUCCUUGACUGAAACACAACAGGAUUAUCAGUGUUAUUGUAAAAAUGCUUUAAAAAAGAAAGUAUAUUUAUGAGUCGCAGUCAAUUUAGAGUAAACAGUAUAUCGUUUGACUUUUAAACCAUAUAUAUGUUGUCUAAUCACAUCAGGUUUUUAAAAUCUGUUUUCACGUAUCAAGCUGACCACAAACACUUUACUGUUAGUGAUGUUAUAUUCACAGUAUCAAUUUGUGUCUCCACUUUAACAGAGCAUGUCAUUUUAUGCUCGACUUGAAUUGUGUUAUUUGUGCUGCUAUUUUUUCUGUAAAUACAUUAUUCAAAAAUAUUAUUUCAUCUCCUAGUUUGGUGAUCUUGCUUGGUUCCUGAUUAAUUAAAUGUUAAAUAAGAAAUUACAGGCCUAAAGAUAGCUAGCUAGCAUUUUUAUGUCCUUGACUCAACAACCAAAUCGCAUCUAUUGUUGAGGGCUACAGACAGAAGCUACGGCAACAUAAUAGUGUCAGAAAUCUUGAAUGUAAAUAAAUUGCUCAAUUAGUGGCUAAUAAAGGCACCCUCUUUUA